CAGAUGGUUUAAUCCGGAAACGGCGGUGACGGUCGAGGCGACAGAACCGAGGGGCUGUCGUUGGUGGGCGCUCCAGGGCUCUGAAAGAGAGGAGCGUGACCCGGAAACGGAAGCGAGUCCCCAUCCCAACUCCGGAUUCCCCAACAUCCCGCAGCCUUAUUCUCCGCACCCAGAUUCCCUCAGCAUUUAAGAUCCCCGCCCUAAACUGAAUGCCAUCCACGCGCUGUCAGCUUCGGAGCCCCCACAUCGACCGUCUGUAGCACUUGCGGCCUCCAGCUCCUCGUGUUAGGGACCCUGUCAACUGGCCUGUCCUUGGAGCUCCAGCCAGGUUUCACGCUAGCCCCAGGCUUACUGGUAGGCUUCUGCGGCCAUGGACCUGUUGUUUGGGCGGCGCAAGACGCCAGAGGAGCUGCUGCGGCAGAACCAGCGCGCCCUGAACCGGGCCAUGCGAGAGCUGGACCGUGAGCGACAGAAGCUCGAGACCCAGGAGAAGAAAAUCAUCGCAGACAUCAAGAAAAUGGCCAAGCAGGGCCAGAUGGACGCGGUCCGGAUCAUGGCGAAAGACCUGGUGCGUACCAGGCGGUACGUCCGAAAGUUUGUGUUGAUGCGGGCCAACAUCCAGGCUGUGUCCCUCAAGAUCCAGACGCUCAAGUCUAACAACUCAAUGGCACAAGCCAUGAAGGGCGUCACCAAAGCCAUGGGCACCAUGAACAGACAGCUGAAGUUGCCCCAGAUCCAGAAGAUCAUGAUGGAGUUUGAACGGCAGGCAGAGAUCAUGGACAUGAAGGAGGAGAUGAUGAACGACGCCAUCGAUGACGCCAUGGGGGAUGAGGAUGACGAAGAAGAGAGUGAUGCUGUUGUAGCCCAGGUCCUGGAUGAACUGGGGUUGAGCCUGACAGAUGAGCUGUCAAACCUCCCUUCCACUGGAGGCUCCCUCAGUGUGGCUGCCAGUGGAAAGAAAGCAGAGGCUGCAGCCUCUGCCCUGGUGGAUGCAGACGCAGACCUGGAGGAGAGGCUCAAGAACCUUCGAAGGGACUGACUGCCCAUGCUGCCCCAGGGAGCCAGUGGAUGGCCCGGCAUUUUCAUUGUACCUUCUGUAAUAAACGAAGUUGGACACUA